AUGGGGAACCGGAUCAUCCGGAUCAUCCCGGGUCGGGAACCGAUCGACAGGACCAUCCGGGUGGAGAAACCGGACUCAACCGUACCAUCCCCGUGGGGGACCGGAACCCAACCGGACCAUCCGGGUGAGGUGCCGGGUCGGGAACCGACCGACCGGACCAUCCGGGUGGGGAGCCGGAUCAACCGGGUCAUCCGGGUGGGGAACCGGAUCAAACCGGGUCAUCCGGGUGGGGAACCGGAUCGACCGGGAACCGGACUGGGAACCGGAUCAUCCGGGUCAUCCGGAUGGGGAACCGUAUCAUCCGGGUCAAUCCGGGUGGAGAACCGGAUCAACCGGACCAUCCGGUUGGGGUACCGGGUGGGAACCGGACCAACCGGACAGGGAACCGAAGACGGGAAGCCGGAUCAUCCGGGUCAUCCGUAUGGGGAAUUGGAUCGACCGGGUGAUCCGGGUGGGGAACCGGAUCAGCCGGGCAAGCCCGAUGGGGAACCGGCCGGACCAAUCGGACCGUCCGGGUGGGGAGCCGAAUCGACCGGGUGGGAAAUCGGACCAACCGGGUGGGGAACCGGACCAACCGGACCAUCCGGGUGGGGAACCGGGUCGGGAACCGGAUCAACCCGACCAUCCGGUUGGGAACCGGACCAAUCGGACCGUCCGGGUGGGGAGCCGAAUCGACCGGGUGGGAAAUCGGACCAACCGGGUGGGGAACCGGACCAACCGGACCAUCCGGGUGGGGAACCGGGUCGGGAACCGGAUCAACCCGACCAUCCGGUUGGGGAACCGGACCAAUCGGACCGUCCGGGUGGGGAGCCGAAUCGACCGGGUGGGAAAUCGGACCAACCGGGUGGGGAACCGGACCAACCGGACCAUCCGGGUGGGGAACCGGGUCGGGAACCGGAUCAACCCGACCAUCCGGUUGGGGAACCGGACCAAUCGGACCGUCCGGGUGGGGAGCCGAAUCGACCGGGUGGGAAAUCGGACCAACCGGUGGGGAACCCGGUGCGGUUUCCGGGGGGGGAGGGUCGGGAGCCGGGUCAACCGGACCAUCCGGACGGGGAACCGGAUGAUCCGGGUGGUCCGGGUGGGGAAGCGGACCAACCGGACCAACCGGUGCGGUACCCCGGUGGAAACCGGACCAAACGGGUGGGGAACCGGGUGGGGUACCGGGUCGGGGAACCGGAUCAACCGGACCAUCCGGACGGGGAACCGGAUCAUCCGGGUGGUCCGGGUGGGGUGCCAAAUCGACCGUGCGGGGAGUCGGACCAGCCGGACCAUCCGGGUGGGGUACCGGGUCGGGAACCGGAUCAACCGGACCAUCCGGAUGGGGAACCGGAUCAUCCGGGAAGGGAACCGGAUCGACCGGGUCUAGGGUGGGAACCGGACCAUCCGGGUCGGUCGGGUCGGAACCCGGAUCCGGAACCGGGUGUUGAACCGUAUCAACCGGAUGGGAGCCGGAUGGACCCAAUCGGACGGACAAGCCGGACCGAAAACGGGUGGGAACCGGAUCGGAACCGGGUGGAGAGCCGAAUGGGCCGGUUCGGUCGGAUCAACCGGGCCGGAAACGGGUGGGUAACCGGAUCAACCGCCCCAGCCGGGUGA